GGUGUGUGUGACGAAAAUGUUGCUACGUUUCCUGUUUCUGCGUAGAUAUCAACGUUAGUAACGCAAGCUGAUUAGUUGACUUCGUGUGUCUACGACAGUCGACUACUGACUGACGCAUGCGCAGUUGGUCUCAAGACUUGGGGACCUCAGAACCUUUAGCAAUUUCUUGACAGCGUUUCGAUUGUUUCGUGUAGCACUGACAAGAAGAUAUGGCUUCAAAGCUACUCACAAAAGAGGAAACCCUGACAAUGAGGAGACGAUUGAUCGGGCAAUCGUGCAGACUUUUUUAUUCAGACGAUCCUGUCAAAAUUGUAAGAGCAAAGGGGCAAUAUCUUUUUGAUGAGAACGAUAAGCGCUACCUGGACUGCAUCGGCAAUGUUCAUCAUGUGGGUCAUUGCCACCCUAGUGUUACAAAGGCUGCAGCAGAACAAAUGGACCUUCUGAACACCAACACCAGAUUCCUGCACGACAGUUUGGUCAUAUAUGCAGACCGCCUGGCUGCCACCUUGCCCGAGAGACUGUCUGUCUUCUACUUUGUCAAUUCUGGCUCCGAGGCCAAUGAUCUUGCACUACGCUUGGCCCAGCAGUACACUCAACACGAAGAUGUCAUUGUGCUCGACCAUGCAUACCACGGUCAUUUAGUGUCCCUCAUCGACAUCAGUCCAUACAAGUUCCGGAAAUUGACAGGACAAAAAGAAUGGGUUCAUGUGGCCCCCUUACCAGAUACCUACAGAGGUAUGUACAAAGAGGAUGAGCCGAAUCCAGGCCAAGCUUAUGCAAAUACAGUCAAGAACCUAAUAGAGGAGGUGCACAAGAAGGGCCGCAAGAUAUCUGCCUUCUUUGCCGAAUCAAUGCAAAGUGUGGCAGGACAAAUCAUUUUGCCCCAAGGAUACUCAUCUAAAGUUGCAGAGUAUGUUCACUCAGCAGGAGGGGUGUUUGUGUCAGACGAGGUCCAGACCGGCUUUGGACGUGUGGGAAGUCAUUUUUGGGCGUUUCAGCUGCAAGGAGCAGAUUUUUGUCCUGACAUAGUAACCAUGGGGAAGCCGAUGGGCAACGGGUAUCCCAUUGCAUGCGUGGCAACUACAGUGGAGAUAGCUAGCGCUUUCACCACCAAUAAAGUGGAGUACUUCAAUACGUUUGGAGGGAACCCAGUGUCUUGUGCAAUUGGCCUGGCCGUCCUUGAUGUGAUAGAGAAAGAGGAUCUGAGAGGAAACGCCAAAAGGGUCGGGGCACAUCUGAAAGAUUUGUUCAUAAAGCUGAAAAGUCGACAUAAAAUUAUUGGAGAUGUUAGAGGUGUGGGACUUUUUAUGGGUGUUGAGCUGGUAGAAGACAGAGAACUGAGGACACCUGCCACCAAAGCAGCAGCACAGGUGGUGAAAAGGCUCAAAGUAGAAGAUCGGAUCUGUGUCAGUACAGAUGGCCCAUGGGAAAGUGUCUUGAAGUUUAAACCGCCCAUGUGCUUCAAUAUAGAGGAUGCUGAGCUGGUGGUGCGGUGCAUUGAUCGCAUCCUCGCAGACAUGGAAGCCAAUCUGAAACUGGAAAAGGAAGACAUCUAGGGAAUACGCACCAUUUCUGCAAGACUGCAAUGAGCAGAUUCAAUCCAUUUUGAGUAAAUACCUACAGUUCUACAAUUACAGUACUUUUUUAACUGAAUUCAAUUGAAGUAAACAGACAUCUGUCCUUUUUAAUACUCAGCAAUGUAUUAUAAUUUGCCCAAAUCACUUUCAAUACACAACGUGUUGAAGAUUAGCACUUACCAGACCACACUCACACUAAUGUUCAAGUAUCGCAGUUCCACAUCUAGUGGGUUGAAUAUUAACACUGCAGGUGGCGAAGCCCUCUCCCACAGCUUCCCAAUGAGGCAUCCGUCGCGAUGUUCACAUUACUCCGGAUAUAUUGAGCAAGCCACUUAACAGUACAAUACAUUUAACAUUAACUUUACAAAUAAUAACAAAUAGAUCCAUUUGUAAUAUAAACCAAAAGUUUAUUUCUACCAAUUUGCCCAAGACACUAGAGGAAUGAGUAUCCAGUGAGAGAGAGGGGGUACCCUCAUACAUUUAACAGGCUUGCAUUGAGUUGUAUUACACUAGUAAAGCCACUUAAAAUUGCAGACACGAUCGGGGGAAGAAUCUCCAUAAAAGCAAAAAAAAAAACAAAUAAUAAUAAAAUAAAAACAAGAACAGAAAAAAAACAAUAUGCUGGUUGUCUUAAUCUACUAGGCCAUCUGCAAACAUUCAUAUGACACGCUUACAAUGAACCCUUUGAUUUGUUUAAAUCCCUUAAAUUUUGCCUCACCCCACACCCGAAGCCAUGCAACUUGCAUCCAACAGUCAGCAUGGGAGAACAUGACUAAAGAUCUAGGAACACUGAAAGAAAAAAGCUAAAUUGUUUUAUUUGUGAGCUUUAAAAGCUCUUGCUCCUGUUUGUAAAUCCAGUAGACAUGUAAAAAUACAACCAUACAAUA